AUGUACAAUGGCCCUGAACCACUGCUCAUCCUUGGCUGCUACAUUGCUUACAAUAAGGAAUGUUAUCUUUCAUAUUUAGCUCUUCAAAUAAAUUACCCGCUGAAUAUCUUGUGUUUACAGUCACUCUUGACCAGGCUUAUCAUAGAACGGCCAGCAGACCCUUUGACCUAUAUGAUAGGUCUUCUUGAACAAGAAAGUAAUGUUCCACAGAUAAUAAUUCAUGGGCCUCCAGCAGCAGGAAAAAGAACCAUGUCUGUUAUGGCAGCUCAGCAUUUCAACUGUGUACAUAUCACACUGGAUAAACUUGUGGCAGAAUCAGAUUCAAAAUCAGCUAAUAAGGCUCGAGAGUACAUAUCAGCCAAAGAGACAGUGCCUACUCAUAUUUGGGUUGGUCUUAUCAAAGAAAGACUUGAGAAAGAAGACUGUAUUAGUAAGGGCUGGUUACUUGAAGCCUUUCCUCAAACAAGAGAGCAGGUAAUUCAUUUAUUUAUAAUACAUAAUUAUAUAACAUUUAAUGUAACAUCUUUUUUUCUUGGUUUCUCUAGAUAUCAUCUGAUUUACAACCCGCCUCGAACAAAUGAAGUGAAACAGAGGUUACAAACGAGCGCGAAAGACGUCGAGUCAGCGGUUAACUCCCGGAUUGCUGAUUACCAGGCCUAUAUCGAGGAGAUCGCAGAGUAUUACGAGGAGUCCGGCCAGCACAUAAACGCCGAUCAAGAUAUCCAUACUGUGUUUGAGUGUAUUGAAAGUAUUAUUGUAAAUCCCAUACCAAGAAAGAACGGGCAAGGCGGGUCAUUGAUUUGACGGUUUGAACAGAGAAAUUUUGCAUGCGAAGAUGUACAUAUUAAUUUAUCUGUUACACUCAGCUCGUAUUUUAAACGUUGUAUUAUAGGUCGAGUGUGUUUUUUUUCUCCUUAUUUUCAGCCAACAGUGUCGUUUUACUUGACUUACCUCUGUAAUAAGUAACCAUGUGGCUGCAAUAAAUGUUUUUUUUUUACUAUAAA